AGUAUGAGGUGGCAGAACAAGACCAACAUGUCCCAAUUCCUCCUCCUGGGGCUCCCCAUCCAGCCAGAGCAGCAGGACAUGUUCUUUGCCCUGUUCCUGGGCGUGUACCUGACCACGGUGCUGGGGAACCUGCUCAUCAUCCUGCUCAUCAGGCUGGACUCUCGCCUCCACACCCCCAUGUACUUCUUCCUCAGCCACUUGGCCUUCUCUGACAUUUCCCUUUCAACUAUUACUGUUCUAAAACUUCUCAUAAACAUGCUGAAUCAGCAACAAUCCAUCCCCUAUGUGGGGUGCAUUUCUCAAAUGUAUUUUUUCAUAGUUAUUGGUUGUCUUGACAACUUCUUUCUUGCAGUGAUGGCAUAUGACAGGUAUGUGGCCGUCUGUCAGCCACUCCACUACACUAUCUUCAUGAGGCAGGAGCUGUGUGUCUCAUUAGUAGCUGGGUCCUGGUUCCUCUCUUGUAUCCAUGGCUUGUUGCACACCCUACUCUUGGUCCAACUGUCGUUCUGUGCUGAGAGUAUCAUCCCCCACUUCUUCUGUGACCUCACUGCACUCCUGAAGAUGAGCUGCUCAGACAUCUCCUCUAAUGAACUGGUCAUCUUCACCGAGGGAGGAAUGCUUUUCAUCUUGCCUUUGAGUACUAUCUUGGGCUCAUAUAUCCGUAUAGGGACCACCGUCCUGAAGGUCUCCUCCACCAAGAAAUUCUAUAAAGCCUUUUCUACCUGUGGCUCCCAUCUCUUUGUAGUGUUUUUAUACUAUGGGACACUUGCAGGUGUUUACUUUUUCUCCUCAUCGUGGUGCUCCAAUGAAAAAGACAUAAUUGCUUCGGUCAUGUAUACAGUAGUUAGCCCCAUGCUGAACCCCUUCAUUUAUAGCCUGAGGAACAAAGAUAUAAAACAGGCCCUAGAAAUAUUUGUCAAUAGGGCUAUCUUCUUUAAGUGA